ACGUUUAGGGACGGGGACAUUCAAAGAGGUAAUUUUGAUUACCUUAACCGAGCCGAGGCAUUUGUUUUAAUCUCGGAGACUAGGAAGCCGAGAACUUACAGAAAUGGGACUAUCACGUUUAGGGACAGGGACAUUCAAAGAGGUAAUUUUGAUUACCUUAACCGAGCCGAGGCAUUUGUUUUCAUCUCGGAGACUAGGAACCCGAGAACUUAUGGAAAUCGGACUAUCGCGUUUAGGGACAGGGACAUUCAAAGAGCCGAGAACUUUCAGAACUGAGACUAUCACGUUUAGGGACAGGGACAUUCAAAGAGGUAAUUUUAAUUACCUUAACCGAGCCGAGGCAUUUGUUUUGAUCUCGGUGACUAGGAACCCGAGAACUUUCAGAACUGAGACUAUCACGUUUAGGGACAGGGACAUUCAAAGAGGUAAUUUUGAUUACCUUAACCGAGCCGAGGCAUUUGUUUUAAUCUCGGUGACUAGGAACCCGAGAACUUUCAGAAAUGGGACUAUCACGUUUAGGGACAGGGACAUUCAAAGAGGUAAUUUUGAUUACCUUAACCGAGCCGAGGCAUUUGUUUUAAUCUCGGUGACUAGGAAGCCGAGAACUUUCAGAACUGGGACUAUCACGUUUAGGGACAGGGACAUUCAAAGAGGUAAUUUUGAUUACCUUAACCGAGCCGAGGCAUUUGUUUUCAUCUCGGAGACUAGGAACCCGAGAACUUAUGGAAAUCGGACUAUCGCGUUUAGGGACAGGGACAUUCAAAGAGGUAAUUUUGAUUACCUUAACCGAGCCGAGGCAUUUGUUUUAAUCUCGGUGACUAGGAAGCCGAGAACUUUCAGAACUGAGACUAUCACGUUUAGGGACAGGGACAUUCAAAGAGGUAAUUUUAAUUACCUUAACCGAGCCGAGGCAUUUGUUUUGAUCUCGGUGACUAGGAACCCGAGAACUUUCAGAACUGAGACUAUCACGUUUAGGGACAGGGACAUUCAAAGAGGUAAUUUUGAUUACCUUAACCGAGCCGAGGCAUUUGUUUUAAUCUCGGUGACUAGGAACCCGAGAACUUUCAGAAAUGGGACUAUCACGUUUAGGGACAGGGACAUUCAAAGAGGUAAUUUUGAUUACCUUAACCGAGCCGAGGCAUUUGUUUUAAUCUCGGUGACUAGGAAGCCGAGAACUUUCAGAACUGGGACUAUCACGUUUAGGGACAGGGACAUUCAAAGAGGUAAUUUUAAUUACCUUAACCGAGCCGAGGCAUUUGUUUUGAUCUCGGUGACUAGGAACCCGAGAACUUACAGAAAUGGGACUAUCACGUUUAGGGACAGGGACAUUCAAAGAGGUAAUUUUGAUUACCUUAACCGAGCCGAGGCAUUUGUUUUCAUCUCGGAGACUAGGAACCCGAGAACUUAUGGAAAUCGGACUAUCGCGUUUAGGGACAGGGACAUUCAAAGAGGUAAUUUUGAUUACCUUAACCGAGCCGAGGCAUUUGUUUUAAUCUCGGUGACUAGGAAGCCGAGAACUUUCAGAACUGAGACUAUCACGUUUAGGGACAGGGACAUUCAAAGAGGUAAUUUUAAUUACCUUAACCGAGCCGAGGCAUUUGUUUUGAUCUCGGUGACUAGGAACCCGAGAACUUUCAGAACUGAGACUAUCACGUUUAGGGACAGGGACAUUCAAAGAGGUAAUUUUGAUUACCUUAACCGAGCCGAGGCAUUUGUUUUAAUCUCGGUGACUAGGAACCCGAGAACUUUCAGAAAUGGGACUAUCACGUUUAGGGACAGGGACAUUCAAAGAGGUAAUUUUGAUUACCUUAACCGAGCCGAGGCAUUUGUUUUAAUCUCGGUGACUAGGAAGCCGAGAACUUUCAGAACUGGGACUAUCACGUUUAGGGACAGGGACAUUCAAAGAGGUAAUUUUAAUUACCUUAACCGAGCCGAGGCAUUUGUUUUGAUCUCGGUGACUAGGAACCCGAGAACUUACAGAAAUGGGACUAUCACGUUUAGGGACAGGGACAUUCAAAGAGGUAAUUUUGAUUACCUUAACCGAGCCGAGGCAUUUGUUUUCAUCUCGGAGACUAGGAACCCGAGAACUUAUGGAAAUCGGACUAUCGCGUUUAGGGACAGGGACAUUCAAAGAGGUAAUUUUGAUUACCUUAACCGAGCCGAGGCAUUUGUUUUAAUCUCGGUGACUAGGAAGCCGAGAACUUUCAGAACUGAGACUAUCACGUUUAGGGACAGGGACAUUCAAAGAGGUAAUUUUAAUUACCUUAACCGAGCCGAGGCAUUUGUUUUGAUCUCGGUGACUAGGAACCCGAGAACUUUCAGAACUGAGACUAUCACGUUUAGGGACAGGGACAUUCAAAGAGGUAAUUUUGAUUACCUUAACCGAGCCGAGGCAUUUGUUUUAAUCUCGGUGACUAGGAACCCGAGAACUUUCAGAAAUGGGACUAUCACGUUUAGGGACAGGGACAUUCAAAGAGGUAAUUUUGAUUACCUUAACCGAGCCGAGGCAUUUGUUUUAAUCUCGGUGACUAGGAAGCCGAGAACUUUCAGAACUGGGACUAUCACGUUUAGGGACAGGGACAUUCAAAGAGGUAAUUUUAAUUACCUUAACCGAGCCGAGGCAUUUGCUUUGAUCUCGGUGACUAGGAACCCGAGAACUUUCAGAAUUGGGACUAUCACGUUUAGGGACAGGGACAUUCAAAGAGGUAAUUUUGAUUACCUUAACCGAGCCGAGGCAGUUGUUUUGAUCUCGGUGACUAGGAACCCGGGAACUUACAGAAAUGGGACUAUCACGUUUAGGGACAGGGACAUUCAAAGAGGUAAUUUUGAUUACCUUAACCGAGCCGAGGCAUUUGUUUUAAUCUCGGAGACUAGGAAGCCGAGAACUUACAGAAAUGGGACUAUCACGUUUAGGGACAGGGACAUUCAAAGAGGUAAUUUUGAUUACCUUAACCGAGCCGAGGCAUUUGUUUUGAUCUCGGAGACUAGGAACCCGAGAACUUAUGGAAAUCGGACUAUCGCGUUUAGGGACAGGGACAUUCAAAGAGGUAAUUGUGAUUACCUUAACCGAGCCGAGGCAUUUGUUUUAAUCUCGGUGACUAGGAACCCAAGAACUUUCAGAACUGAGACUAUCACGUUUAGGGACAGGGACAUUCAAAGAGGUAAUUUUGAUUACCUUAACCGAGCCGAGGCAUUUGUUUUAAUCUCGGAGACUAGGAAGCCGAGAACUUACAGAAAUGGGACUAUCACGUUUAGGGACAGGGACAUUCAAAGAGGUAAUUUUGAUUACCUUAACCGAGCCGAGGCAUUUGUUUUAAUCUCGGUGACUAGGAACCCGAGAACUUUCAGAACUGAGACUAUCACGUUUAGGGACAGGGACAUUCAAAGAGGUAAUUUUGAUUACCUUAACCGAGCCGAGGCAUUUGUUUUAAUCUCGGUGACUAGGAACCCGAGAACUUUCAGAAAUGGGACUAUCAUGUUUAGGGACAGGGACAUUCAAAGAGAGAGUGAAUCAGAGAGAGUAAUGGAGGAGGAGAGGAACAUGGCGUUGAGCGAUCCGCAUCAUUCCACCGCCGAUCUUCUUUCUUGGUCUGAGAUCCGUCGUCCUGACUAUUCCACCGCCGCUAAUCGCUCUAACCAGCCAUCUGAUGGAAUGAGCGAGGUACUUGGCGGCGGCGGUCAGAUCACUAACGCGGAAACCAAAUCGCUUAAUAAGAAUGUUUCUUAUAGGAAGAAUUGUUCUGGGCAUAAGUUAAAAGAAAUGACUGGUAGUGACAUAUUCUCUGAUAAUGGUAAAGAUGAUCCAAAUCACCAGACAAGAAUCCAUUACCAUCAGGAUCAGCUAAGCCAAAUAUCAUUCAGCGGCGAAGAGAAUGCUAUGAAACCAACCGAUAAUGGUAAAGAUGAUCCAAAUCACCAGUCAAGAAUCCAUUACCAUCAAGAUCAGCGAAGCCAGAUAUCUUUCAGCGGCGAAGAGAAUGUGACUCCGAAGAAACCAAUCACUUUAAACGAGGCUGCAAAGCAAAAGGAGUUGAGCAGGACUGUAGAAACCCAAGCAGAUUCAAAGAGUAAGAAGAAGCAGAUAUCGAACACCAAGACCAAAGCAAUGAGUGGUCAUGACAUCUUUGCAUCUCCUGAAAGCCAACCUCGCCGCUUGUUCGGUGCAACACAACAAGAAGUUAAAGGAAAUAAGAACGCGGAGGAAUCUGCACCGAGGAGCUCGCUUGCAUCUGUUAAACCCUCAAAUGGGCAAAGCGGCAACAGACUGUUUAGUGAAGAACAUGUUGUGAAGUCAUCAAAGAAGAUACAUAACCAGAAGUCUCAGUCUCAGGGACUCACAAGCAAUGGUAUCUUCAAGUCUGAUAAAAUCCCUCCUGGUUAUUCAGAGAAGAUGCAAAGCUCAGCUAAAAAGCGGGAAAUGAGCGGACACAAUAUAUUUGCAGACGGGAAAUCGGAAUAUCGGGAUUACUAUGGUGGUGCGAGGAGACCUCCUGGUGGUGAGAGCAGCAUUUCAUUGGUCUAGAUGAGUCUUAAAACCCAAGACACUCUUAAUAUGUUCAUGUUUAGGAUUUAGUUUUAAAUGUUGUCUGACCAAAGUAGUUUGUGUUGGUGUGGUCUUUCUUUGUCUACGGUCUCAUUUAUACUAGAUAACUUCAACACAGGCUCAUGUGUUGUUCUCUUCUCUUUCAUUAAAAAACAAAAUGGCUU